AUGCAUACACGACAGAAACAACUUGAAGCUCAAGCCCAGUAUGGCAACGCUAUGAAGGCAUUGAGAUUAUAUUUGCAGGGUCCGACAAAACAGGCAACGUCGGACACUUUAUGUGCCGUGUGGCUCCUGAUAAUAUGUCAGGACUGGAUAGGCCGACAUCAGUCCAAACACGGCGACCACUACGAAGGGUUGUCUCACAUCUUGAACGCCGUGGCAUCAAAGCAAGAUUGGUCUGAUCCCUUUGAUAUCGCUAUGAUUCUCAUUUCAAGUAUGAUUGUGAUAAUCGACAGUAUUACAAACCCUAAGGUCCGACUCGGUCCAUGGUUCCAAAGGUUCGCAGAGGCAUACGGACCGGCUCGAUCAAGCACGUCCGAUGACGCCUCAAUGUUUCAAACCUUGAAGCUACACUCUCUGGCUAAAAUUGCAGAGUACAUUCGAAACCCCGGACCGAAUCGUUUCGGCAUCGAAGUCGCAUAUCGAGAUAUACGAAUCGACAUACUGCGGAUUAAGCAGUGCCUAGCCGAAAUAGAAUCUCCUGAUUCUCCCAAGGAAGUUCCACAGAACUUACCGACACUAGACUACUUGAAAUUGCUAUUCCGCCAUCAGGUUGCCUACGGCAUCAUGAUCCAAUUGACCACCCUCCUCAACUACAUCCUCCGCGCGUUUAACCCACCAAACGCCCAACUGUACGAACUUCAUGAAGCAUCGCUCUUCUUUGCCGAUGAACUCGUAAGUCUCGCUCGGAAAGCAGCACCGUUCCGACCGCUUGGAGCUAGUUUCAUCACUCAAGCGCUUUGUGCCGCGUGGGCGGCGACAGAAGAUUCAGCGCGGCAGGCUGAUAUUGAGGUGGUGCUAAAGGAUUAUGAGACAGAUCUUCCGAAUGCGAGUUACGUCCCUGUUGCGAAAUGGGCCAGAAUGGAGCUCGAAAAGUUGCGGGCGAAGGUGUCGCCGUCCCGAGGUUUAGACCUGCAGGUUUCGGCUGACACUGAGGAGCUCAGCGAGGAAGUUAGGAGAGUGGGUGCGCGAGUGCUUCCUCCAUUGAAGAGCGAGUCCGUCAUUCCUCUCGUCGCAGUCCCAACAGCCCCUUCAUUACUGAUCCCAGCCAUCACAACCCCGGCCGAGAAGGAACCCUUGUCCGUCCCAACCAGCCCCUCCAGUAUUCUGGUGCCAGAUUCCAAUGCUGCAACACUACCAUCACCAUCUCAAGCGAACGCUUCGGCGCCGAAACCAACGGAGGAGGCGGGGACCGUCUCAACCCCGAUUCCAUCCUCAGAACGCCUACCACGGACGUUGAUCACAGCCUCGAAACCAGCUUCACCCCAAAGCCCCCCCAGCUCAGCAGAUCUCGGACAGACGAUCACCACCACUACCCCAAGUAGUCAGAUUUCUGCACAAGGCUUCAUCUCGCUACCGGCUAGUGCUAUUAGUGGACCGGGCGCUAUGGUCUCAGGGCCAACCGCUCUAAUUACGAGUCUUUCCAGCCGAGAACCCGAGACUUUCUCGCUCCUCGGAGUGAACACGAGCGCGGCUGCUACACCGGUGAUGAUGUUCGCAGGUGCCGCCCCGAGGAUAAGAGAUGGAGGGAAUUCUGCGUGGAUGACAUGCGGCUUGGGUAUUGUGUGGGCAGCUUUGGGACUUCGAGUCUAGGAUUGGAG